AUUUUUUUCGUGUUAACGCGUUUUUUUUUUUCUUAUCAAUUCAACAUGGCUUCCUUUGGUUGGGAUCAAGGUCAAAUUUAUUCUACAUCUGUUCUUCCUGGUGAAGAACAAGUAAACUCUCACUCUGAAAUUACUGGACUUUUUUAUGAGUUUAUUCAAAACUUUCGUCUCAACAACAACUAUAUCUAUAGAGACCAAUUAUCGCAAAACCUGUUGACUAAGCAAUACUUUGUUGAAGUUGAUAUUAACCAUCUUAUCAAUUAUAAUGCUGAUCUCGCUAAUAAGUUGACCAAUACACCUGCUGAUUACUUGCCCUUGUUUGAAAAUGCUGUCAAAGAAAGUGCCAAGCGUAUCUUGUUUGCUAACCCUAACACGGUCAGUAAUAUGGAUGUACCUGAUUGCCAAGUGACACUUCAAUCAGAUGCCAAUGUGAUUCAAAUCCGUGACUUGAAUUCUGACUAUAUUGGUAAACUAGUCCGUAUUCCAGGUAUUGUCAUUGGUGCUUCUACCCUGAGUUCAAGAGCCACUCAAGUCACGGCUGUGUGUCGUAACUGUCGUCAUAUCAAGGUGAUUCCCGUGACAGGUGGCUUUUCCUCUAUUGUUUUACCUCGUAAAUGUGAUUAUCAAUCCCCUACAGGCGAUAGAAACGAUUGUCCUAUGGACCCCUUUGUGAUUAACCAUGACAAAUGUAAGUUUGUAGAUUCACAAGUGAUCAAGUUGCAAGAAGCACCCGAUAUGGUACCAGUAGGUGAUUUGCCUCGCCAUACCAUUCUGAAUGCAGACCGUUGGUUGACGAACCGUGUGGUUCCCGGUAUGCGUACUGUCAUUAUGGGUAUUUAUUCUAUCUUUCAAAACAAAGCUGUGAAAUCCUCGGGUGCUGCUGCUGUAAGAACACCUUAUAUUCGUAUUGUGGGUCUUCAGAUUGACCAACACAAUAAUGGACGUGGCAAACCUCAUUUUACAGAUGCUGAAGAAGAGGAAUUCAUUCGUAUGUCUCGUCAACCCGACUUGUACGAAACAUUCAGUCGUAGUUUGGCUCCUUCUAUCUUUGGUAAUAUGGAUAUCAAGAAAGCCAUUACGUGUUUAUUGUUUGGUGGAUCUAAAAAAGUGCUUCCUGAUGGUAUGCGACUUCGAGGUGAUAUCAGUGUUUUGUUGCUAGGUGAUCCUGGUACAGCUAAAUCUCAAUUACUCAAGUUUACAGAGAAAGUGGCACCCAUUGCUGUCUAUACUUCAGGUAAAGGCAGUAGUGCUGCUGGUUUAACUGCUUCUGUGAUUCGUGAUCCUAGUACUCGUGACUUUUAUUUAGAAGGAGGUGCUAUGGUAUUAGCAGAUGGAGGUGUGGUCUGUAUUGAUGAAUUUGAUAAAAUGCGUGAUGAAGAUCGUGUGGCUAUUCAUGAAGCCAUGGAACAACAAACAAUUUCGAUUGCUAAGGCUGGUAUUACAACCAUUUUGAAUUCACGUACUUCUGUCUUGGCUGCUGCUAAUCCAGUCUUUGGUCGAUAUGAUGAUAUGAAGAGUGCAGGUGAAAACAUUGAUUUCCAGACGACCAUUUUGUCUCGUUUUGAUAUGAUUUUCAUUGUUAAAGAUGAUCAUAAUGAAAACAGAGAUAUGUCGAUUGCAAGACACGUAUUGAAUGUGCAUAUGAACCGACAGACACAAGAUGCUGUUAUGGGUGAGAUUGAUUUGGAUAAAAUGAAAGCUUAUAUCAACUAUUGUAAAGCAAAAUGCGCGCCUCGUUUAACUCCUGCUGCUGCUGAAAAACUAAGUGCUCACUUUGUCGCUAUUCGUAAAGAAGUCAAGGAUAACGAAAGAGACAAUGAGAUUAGAUCCACAAUUCCUAUCACUAUCAGACAAUUGGAAGCUAUUAUUCGUAUCUCUGAAUCCUUAGCGAAAAUGACACUGUCUCCUUAUGCUACUGAACAUCAUGUGGAAGAAGCCCUGCGUCUCUUCAAGUUCUCUACCAUGGAUGCUGUCAAAAGUGGUGGUGCUGAUGGUAUGACUCGCACUGAAAUCAUGAGUGAAGUUCAAUUGAUCGAAAAAGAACUUCAGAAGCGUAUUCCUAUUGGUUCACAAGUGCCUGUGGCUAGAAUCAAGGCUGAUUUGGCUCGUAAUGGUUAUUCUGAAGCUGCUAUCAAUCGUGCCUUGACUAUUCUUAACCGUAGAGAUGUCUUGUUGUUUAGAGCUCAAGGCAAAAUGGCUGUCAGACAAUCUAUUUAAUACUUUUUUUUUUAUACAUAUAUAUAUACAUGCAUCUUGUGAAUAACUUAAUACAUUCUUUUUAUUAUUAUUAUCAUUAUCAUUA